AGCAGUCGUCCGUCUGUCGAGAGCGUGUUAAGGACGAUGUUGGCCGUCGUGCGUGAGCCGCGACGACGACGACGUUUCGUAGCACGUCGGGGCACGUCGACGAUGUCCUGUAGCGUCGCGACGAGCCUGGUUUCCGCGUAACGCGAGCCGAAAAUCGACGGGACGAGAAGUUCAGUGAGAAAAGCAUAACACGGUGCACCGUGGCCUGACCAGUCCAUGCGCUCCUCGUAGCCAUGGCUUCGGUGAAGGUAGCCGUAAGGGUUCGUCCCUUUAACAAAAGGGAGCUGGCGAUGAACGCGAAGAUGAUCGUGCAAAUGGACGGCAAGAAAACACGAAUCUUCAACACCAAGACACCGGGUAGCUGCAGGGAAAUCGACAGGGAGAAGUACAAAGACUUCACGUUCGAUCACUCCUAUUGGUCCUUCGACGCGAACGACGACAACUACGCGUCACAGGAAGAGGUCUUCUAUGAUCUUGGUACGGACGUAAUAGAAAGUGCCUUCGAGGGCUACAAUGCCUGCGUCUUUGCCUACGGCCAGACAGGGUCUGGGAAGACCUUUACGAUGAUGGGCACACCGGAGGCUCAGGGACUGAUACCGCGGAUCUGCAAGACGCUGUUCGCAAGAAUGGCCGCUGGUAAAGAGAGCGGAGCGUCGUAUAGAACCGAGGUGUCGUUCCUGGAGAUACACAAUGAGAGAGUGAAAGACUUGCUGCGACUGGACCAGUCACAGUCCCAUUCUCUCAGGGUGCGGGAGCAUCCGAAAAGGGGGCCUUAUGUCCAAGACCUGUCCAGCCACCUCGUGUACGAUUAUUCAGACAUUCAGGAAUGCAUGGUGAGAGGCAACACGCACAGAACCACGGCCAGCACAAACAUGAACGACGUGAGCAGCAGGAGUCACGCGAUUUUUACAAUAACGUUCGUGCAAGCCGGACUCUCCGAAGGCAACAUGCCCUCGGAGACCGUUUCCAAGGUGCAUCUCGUCGACUUGGCCGGAAGCGAACGUGCAAACGCAACGGGAGCAACAGGUCAGCGACUGAAAGAGGGUGCCCACAUUAACAAGUCCCUAGUGACUUUAGGUUCUGUGAUAUCGGCGCUCGCGGAGCUGAGUUCCUCGAACGACGUGUCCUCGUCCUCGAAGCGAAGCGUCUUCAUACCUUACCGGGACAGUGUGCUCACAUGGUUGCUAAAGGACUCGCUCGGAGGUAACUCUAAGACUAUCAUGAUCGCAGCCAUUAGUCCGGCGGAUUGUAACUAUGGCGAGACGCUCAGUACGCUCAGGUACGCGAACCGAGCGAAGAAUAUCAUCAACAAGCCGACCAUCAACGAGGAUCCGAACGUGAAAUUGAUCAGAGAGCUCAGGGAGGAAAUCCAGAAGUUGAAGUCCCUUAUCGGGAAAGAUAUGAGUAUCGAAAGGCCGCCGCAAGUGUUACUGGCACAAAUUCAUGAGAAACAAGAGCAGGAGAAAGUGUUGACAGAAGAAUGGACGGAAAAGUGGCGGGAGACGCAGCAGAUUCUCCAGGAACAGAAAGCCUUGGGUCUCCGCAAGAGUGGCGUUGGGGUAGUUCUCGACUCGGAAAUGCCGCACUUGGUCGGGAUCGAUGACGAUCUUCUCAGUACUGGUGUCACCCUUUAUCACCUGAAAGAGGGUAGAACGUUAGUGGGAACGGAGGAAGCGCCGACUGCGCAGGAUAUCGUAUUGACCGGCGUGGACGUUGAGCCAGAACACUGUGUGGUGGAAUUAGAUAACGGCGUAGCAACCCUUCACCCCCUUUCUCCCCACUGUUGGAUCAACACCGCCCAAGUGGAUAAACCGACGCGGCUGUCGCAAGGCUGUAUCAUUCUUCUGGGCAGGAACAAUAUGUUCCGAUAUAACGAUCCGGCGGAGGCGGCGAAGCUGAGAAAGGAAGGCGGAACGGGUAACGGUAACUUACAGUCCACGGUCGUCAAUCUCUCAAGAUUGUCGCUGUUGAGCUGGAGCGUCUCGGAUUUGCAUGCCUCCUCCUCUAGCGAUAAUCUGUUGAACUCGAGCGAGGAUCUCCGCGCACUCGAGGAACUAGAACAACAGAAGGCUGCCCUUAUCAAGGAAAAGGAGGACUUCAAGAGGGAGCAGGAGGAACGCGAAGAGCGAUGGGCGGCGCGAAGAGAAGCCCUGGAAGGCGCGCAACGGGAAUUGGAACGGGAAUGGGGCGCCCAGUGGAAAGAGUGGGCGGACGCGAUACAGGCCCUCGAGUCACGGCAACGCGAGUUGCGAACCCGCCGUCACAUCCUGGAGCAAGAGCGACGUGACGAAAUGACGCAAGUAGGAAGUUUAUGUAGGGAAGUUGCCUCUCUGCGCACGACAUUGCAGUCCAAGCAUCGUCAGUUCCAAGAGUUCAUGAGCAAUCACGAACGCGCUCAAAGAUUCCAUCAGUGGUGGGAGAAGACGGACGACGGUGCUGGCAGUGACGGCAGCCUGCCAGAAUCUUGGUCGAGUCUGAACGACGAUAAAUGCGUUGACGCGAUGCGAGAGCUUGUUAAUCAUCAUAAGAAAGAAUUGGCUGCCUUGGAAACUGAGCUACAGAACAAAGUGAAGUCACUGAACGAACAUCAAAGCAAAGUAGAUAAAAUGGAGGAAGAGCUGAUGGAGAUUGCCAAGAAGCAAAAGCAUAUGUUCAACUUGCAAUUGGAGGGAGAAGGGAGUACAGAGAAGAAAUUGCUUCUCGCGAAACGAUCCCAGGAGCAGCUGCAGGAGAUCCUGAAACGGAAACAGAGUCUCUCGUUAAACUUGAAACGCGCGUUACCAGCGUCCCCGGACGAUCAUUCCUCCAGCGGCGAUGAGAUCAUCCCGAACGGGGAGCCGUUUCAAGACGCCUGCAAUAGGAAACUUCAAAUAGCGUCCGCCUUGAGCUUACUGCCACAAAAUAUUCCAAGUUCCGUCGAGACCGCGGACACUUUUCACACGGCCGCGGCCGACUCGCCAGAGCCUCGCAUUCCUUUCGAAGAUCCGGACAAGUCUCACACUUUGUGCAACGAGGAUAAAGAGCCGGACAAGCAUCAGACAGCUGGCCAGGAGAUUUAUCUAGAGAACGACAGGGCCAAGUCGGCGGCCGAGUUAGGUAGUAAAAGUUCGAGUGUAAAUAGGAAGUCUUCCGGUGAAAGUAUCGCGGAGCCGGAGAAAUGCAACGGCAGCGCUAACGGCGCCGAGAAGCCGGAGUCCAAGUCCCUGACGAACUCCACGAUGGAGGAGGACGUGCUCGAGGACUCGCUGGAGUCGCCGGUGCAGCAGAACCCAGCGAUGAAACGACUGAACCAAAGAAUCGCUCGUCAACGAAUGAUGGUGAUGAGGUGCUUGGAAGCGAACACACCCUCCAAGGAGGACUUGAACCGGCAGAUCGCGAUUCUGCAGGACCUCCAGAAGCAACAGAUCGAGCUGGAGGUGUCGCUGAUGGAGGACGAACGGAAGUGUCACGCGCAGCCCAAGUUACAGUGCAGCGAGGACAGACUGGCAGCCAGUGACGACCGUGCGCAAACCGUAGAAUCGAAAACGUGUCGCGACUCGGAGUCCGGCAACAGUUCGGCUACCUUGUUGGCGAUGUCCACCACGCGGCCGCCGAUCUUCCGGUGCAACAGGCCUAACACGAGCGAAGAGCACGUCUUGUCGGAAUCGGUCGCGCCUAGGAUAUCCUCCGGUAGAGGAUACUCUACAGUUUACUUAACGAGUCAGAACCGAGGCGAUCGAUUGAGUAGCCCGUACUCCCUGACAAUCACGAGAUCUCUACCGUCUUUGAUAGCGAACGACGCUGACUGCGAUAACGUGAUCAACAUGAUCGUUAGUAUACCCUCCUAUGUAAUACGGGGAGCUGGCACGUCCAGCCAUUACGAGUACGAGGUACGUGUCGUGGCUCAGGAUGAUAGCUGGACUCUCCUGCGACGGUACAGAAGGUUCAGGGAACUGUAUAUUUCGAUGAGACAGAAGUACGGUAGCAAGGUAGCAGCGAUACGCUUUCCGCCUCGACAAGUUUUCCCAAGGUACGAGGUAGUGGCGCGACAACGUAGGAAACGGUUAGAAGAAUAUUUGCGACGUCUGAUACAGGUCUGCUCGGAGUUGCCGCACUGCGAGCCUCUCUAUAAAUAUAACGGCAACUUGAGCAACAUAGAUAAGCAAUCAUUGUUGGAAUUCAGUUCGUUCUUCAGACGGGGAACCUUCGAGAGCAGCAAGUACGGUACAAGCUAAAGGAACGAUACUCCCUCGAGAUAUUAGAAAGGAAUAAAAAAAAGAAAGAAAGAAAGAAAAACGAGAAAAAAAAAGAAAACGAACGGACCUGAGGCAACGGAUAUAUAGGAGAUGUUUAGAAUUCGUUGUAUUUUUUUAUAAAUGAACUGGAGGUGAAGCUAAAGUGGGAAAAAUAUUAGUGAAGUACAGUUACCACUUUGUGCGAUGAUUAUCAUUGUAUAUUUACCAAAAUACGUUUCCAAAAGUUUAUUGUUUAUAAGACUGAUGUAUAUCGCAUUAUAAGAAGAGAAGAAACGAUCUUUACACGGGGGAACGCAAGAUCUGGCUAGUCUCGGGAAUAUUUUCGAUAUAGAUCCUGGUGAGUGUAUCCUAAACGUAACAUUCGAAAGAAUUUCUGCGGAUGCGCGACUAAUUGUUACGGGCUGUGGAUAUUUUCCUAAUGUUUUUCUCUCUUGUUAGAAACAACUUG